UGAGCUGAUAAUUAAUUGACAAGGUAGAUACAAACCGAAACAUGUGCACAAACCACUCCCACCAGCUGGUCCUAUAUAUACGUUGCCACCCCCGGGGAUGUUUUACACCCCAAAACACAAAGUGAUCAACACCCAAAAAAAAAAAAAAAAGACUCCCAUUUUUAGCUCAUUGUCAAUCUCUUCACUACAGCAACAAGCCAUGGCUUCUGCCGAUGCUGCCCGAACUGCGGUCGGGGUCUUAGGGAAUGUGACUGCGCUCUUCUUGUUUCUGUCUCCAACUCCGACGUUUAUACGGAUAUGGAAGAAGGGGGCGGUGGAGCAGUACUCGCCGGUUCCUUACUUGGCAACGCUGGUGAACUGCAUGCUCUGGGUGCUGUAUGGGAUCCCCUUGGUGCACCCUAACAGCACCCUCGUCAUGACAAUCAAUGGCUCGGGAACUGCCAUAGAAGUCAUCUUCAUCCUCGUCUUCCUCUUCUACUGCUCCGACCCUAUAAAGCGGCUCCGAAUACUGGUGGUGUUGACCUUGGAACUCGCCUUAAUCGCCGCCCUCAGCACCUUGGUGCUUACCAUAGUCCACACCCAUGACCGGCGGUCCAUGAUCGUCGGGAUCGUGUGCAUCCUCUUCAGCAUUAUGAUGUAUGCUUCCCCGUUAUCCAUCAUGAAACUGGUGAUAAACACAAAGAGCGUGGAGUAUAUGCCCUUUUUCCUGUCGCUUGCUUCGUUCGCCAAUGGCCUCUGCUGGACAAUAUAUGCUCUCAUCCGGUUCGAUGUGUUCAUCGCGGUUCCCAACGGGAUUGGAUCAGUAUUUGGGCUGGCCCAGUUGAUCUUAUACGCAACAUACUACAGAUCGACCAAGGAGCAGAUGGCUGCAAGAAGGCUCAAGGGGGAGAUGAGCCUCUCCGAGGUUGUUGUCACUGGAGAUCACUCGAAGAAAGUCGGAGACGGGCAUGCUUCUUCCGAUGUCCGGGGCCUGUGACACCCUCAACCCCUCAACCAUCUAGCGAUUGGACUGGUCAAAAAUUGGCCAUUGCUUAAUAUUCCCAAUUGUUUCAUAGCCUUAUGAUUUUCAAAAUUAGUUAGUGAACUUAAUUAGACCAUGCAGAUUCAUAAAAACAAACUGGCCCGACAUGGGUAGAGGUUAAGAUUAGUCUCUAGUUAGUAAAGCUUUCAUAUGGUGCUUCAAUGUCUAAGAGUGUGAAUCGACCAUUCAAAUCUUGAAGGACAUUAGUUGUUGAAGGUCACGUGUCUCUUUAAUAUUGAAAGUCAUUGAAAGACCGUA